AUGAAUAUUCGUUGUGCAAAACCUGAAGAUCUCAUGAAUAUGCAGCAUUGCAACCUACUGUGCCUGCCAGAAAACUACCAAAUGAAAUACUACUUUUAUCACGGCCUCAGUUGGCCCCAACUGAGUUAUGUUGCUGAAGACGAAAAGGGAAACAUUGUAGGUUAUGUUCUUGCAAAAAUGGAAGAAGAUCAGGAAGAUUUAAAACACGGCCACAUUACGUCCCUUGCCGUGAAACGGUCUCACCGUAGACUGGGCCUAGCUCAAAAACUGAUGGAUCAAGCUUCUGAGGCGAUGGUGGAGUGCUUUGAUGCAAAGUAUGUGUCCCUACAUGUAAGGAAGAGCAAUCGGGCUGCCUUAAACUUAUACAAAAACUCACUCAAGUUUGAGACUGUUGAGAUUGAACCCAAAUAUUAUGCUGAUGGUGAGGAUGCAUACUCCAUGAGACGGGACCUAACAGAAUUUGCUAAGAAGAUUAAGGGAAAACCAGAAGAUAAAGACAAGAGUGAAGAAAAAGAGAAGAAACAUAAAAAUGAAGAAUGA